UUGGUUGUGAUGGAGUAUUGGGUUCUGGACUAACAGAAGACAAGUGUGGUGUGUGUGGUGGAUCAAACACAGAUUGUCACAUCUUUUCUGGUAUAUUUGACCAACCUACAAUGAAGAUUGGAUACCAUACACUCGUUACUAUCCCAGCAGGGGCUAUGUAUGUUAACAUCACAGAGAUGACCAGGAGUAGGAACUAUCUAGGUCUUCAGAUCUCGGGUGGAAACCCUGUGUUCAAUGGCGGUUGGAGCAUUGACUAUCCAGGAAACUACUCUGCUGGUGGAACCAAUGUGAUGUACACCAGGUCGGCCAGGAGUAUGAGUAGCAGAGGAGAACAGAUCCUCAUCAUGGGACCAACAUCAGUAGAUUUGGAUGUGAAGAUCAUUUACCAGGAAAGAAAUCCCGGAAUCUCCUAUGAGUAUGUCAUUCCAAAUCCUCCAGAGGAGAAGGAAGAGCGUCCCCCACCAAGACGUCAGGAGGAGGAGGAAGGUGGGAGGCAGACAUCACAGCAGAACCCAAGGGUACAACCCAAAGCUACUCGACCUCCAUCGACUACCACAAGACCUACUACAACACCUCCAACAACAACUGCAAGGACUACAACACGUAGUACUAUAAGACCAACAACAACUGUUCCUACAACACCACCACCACCCCCACCUCUGACAACCACAAAUGCACCAAUCAAAGAGGAGCAGCCUAAAUCUGUAGGAGAGAAGGAGAUGAGCAUAUCAAGUGGUGUACUGCCAGGAAAUGGCAUGGGAGACAAGGAAACGCCUGAAGGAUACCCAGGAGUUAGGUAUACCAUCUCAGAGUCAGAAGAAACACACAGAGAGAAUCAAGGUCUAGAAGCAGGUCCAGAGGGCAGGUACUAUAACAGACCAGAAGGGUCUCCAUUGUCAGGAGUAAGUACAGUGUCAGGGUCAGUAUCAAGAAGCAAUCCUACAGUGCCAGAAGGUCAGAGACCUUCUGGACCUUCUGUAGAGACUGGGCUGGGGAGCAGUAGACCUUCUAAUCCAGGUAGAUCAAACACAGGCCGCGGACGUGACACUAUUUAUGUCCCAAGUGAAAGUUCUGGCAAUGUACCAGCAACACAGACUGAGAUCUUGCGGGGUGGAGAGAGGGGCCAAGGAGAAACUCCCAGAGAACAAGGUCAAGGAGAUGCAACCGGAAGGGCCGUGCCACCAGUUUAUGUUUCUAAUCCGCAACUAGGACGUGGGCCAUCUCCUGCAAACUCAGAGAGACAAACAUCAGCAACAGGUACAGGAACUCAAAGAGAACCAGAACAAUCUCGUCCUUUUUAUGGGUAUUACCCAACCGGAUACAAUCCUCCCGAAACCAGAGUACCUGAGAGUGAUGCCAUUCCUCCUGUUUCAAGUAAUUCUCAAUUAGCCUCUCAGUCAUCGUUCAAUAGACCUACAGGUAAUAAUCCACCAAAUCCACAAGGUUCUUCAGGCAGUAGCAGGCCUUUCAACUAUAAUCCAAAUCUUCCAGGUGGGAGAGGAACAACUGAUAACAGUGGACCUAGAGGACCGUCCCAUCAAAAUUUAGGAACAACUGCUCAAUCGGGAGUUACCAGUGGUAGGUUUACUUCAGGAACAAAUUACAAUCCACAGUCCCGGUAUCCUACAGGAAACAGAAACCCAAGCAUUGGUCCUAAUCCAGGACGCCCGAGACCCAUGUAUGGAGGAGAUGAGCCAAGUGGUGAUAUAGUAUACAAUCCAAAUUACAGACCACCUACUAAUCAGGGUUUUCCUCCUUACAACAGCCAGGGAGUACCAUCACGUGGACAACCAUCAAACCCUACAGGACAGGGAAUUCCAGUGAAUGGGCAGGGUACACCUUCCCAAACAGGAGGAUAUAGGCGUCCUGGUGUGGGGCAGGACCAACCUACAUUUGGACAAGGGCGACCAAAUAUUGGACAAGGAGUUCCAAGUCGGGGCCAGGGGGUACCACCCCAGACAAGACCUGACCGUUAUCCUUUCCGACCAAACCCAGAUGCGAUCCCAGACAUGCCUCCACAGACGUCCUCUAACCUUCCCCAAACUAGCGGACAGAUUGGCAUCUACCCCAACCCUGGUCAGCAACCACCAUCUGGACCUAUCUUUGGGCAGGAGAAUCCUGAGACCAACUACAGCCCAUUAAACAGUGGAGUUCCUAGACCAGUUGUCCCAAUCGGGGGUGAGGAACUUGAUGCUUACACCAGUGAAGACUACAGCUCAAGCAUCCCAGAGGAGGGGCAAGGCAAUGAAGCCACUUUUGAUAGGCUCCCUGGUGAACCUCAUCCUGCGGUGAAUCCAGAAGCUCUUUACAUAUGGAUGGAGACGGGGGUUACCGAGUGCUCUGUGUCAUGUGCAGGAGGUAAGUCCCAUCAGUUCUUAAAUUCAAUAACUUAAGUUUUGAGCAGAAGCAUUAACCUUAAUAUCAGAAUAGUUUACUAUCAAGUGUACCAUAUGCUUGUCUUACUAUCGUGUUAUACUUGGUGAAAAUCCACUGUAGGUUUCAGAGUUCAAUAAUCAUUUAAAAAACUAACUCUGAAUUUCCCACAGUCCUGUUGCACUUAACUUUUCUGCAUGAAGUCUGAAAUACUUUUGGCAAGACUUCUGAUUGCACACACUUUGAGUUUAAUCAGAUUAUGAAAAUAGGUGUUCUGAAAAGGAUCAAGUACUUACAUGAAUUCAAGCCAAACUGAUAUGACAAUUUUGAAAUUCUAUAGCAAUCAUCUUAGACACUUGUUGAUUUAGCAGGAGAUAAACCUGUUAUUUUCGCACCGCCACCAUCCAUAUUCUGACAGAAGAGGCAAAAGACAUUCUACAAAUCAGUUUAAACAGGAAAUAAAUAUUGCAAAAUCACCUUGUUGACAGAAUGUUCCUUUCAAAGGUGGAUUAUUUUGGUCAAAAUUUGUCAAGAAUAUUUGUUUUCAAAGGCCAUCAACAAACAUCCUGAGGGGGAUGAAACAAUUAUUGUUGUAUUUUUCUGACUAAUUUUUGUGACGUUGAUUGAUUAAGGUCUUAAUCUUCUCCAUUAUCCCUUUUCAGGUUAUUUAUGCAUUUUUAGGAGCAUGAUGUAUUAUUUCAUUUUAUAUUUGCUUAUGAAGAUAGUUGCCAAUCAAAUGAGAUUAAAUGAAAAUAAACAAUUUUACGUAAAACUAUUACACGAUAUGAAUGUUUAAUAUUUCCUCUUCAAAGUCAACCAAAGUUGAUGAAUUGGACCAGAAAAUGUAGGAAGUUGUCAAUUGAAGUUUGUCUCUUGUGGGACAUUAUUAUCUUAGGGUUGCAAUAUUAAGCUUUUAUAUGAUAAGGUGUAUUUUUAGAAGACUUGUUGAUUAUAAUAUAAUAUAGGCCUAUAUGAAAUAGAUAUUAUUUGUUUAUAAAUUCCAUCUGACAUGCUUACUGAUUAUGUGCUACAGGGUAUUUCUUGAUAUUGGCUUAUAUGUCCCUGCAAAUGUCAACAAAUUUUACCAAGAAGAGAAUCAUAAUCAUUUCAGAGCAAGGGCAGACCCAGGAUAUCCAAAUUAAGUUUGAUUUAUUUAUCUUUACAUUUCCAACAAAAAUAACAUGCAUCCAAUGUAAACAAUUUUGAACUGUACAAAUAGGUAAAUAGUAGGCUAGGCCCUAAAUAGAUUGU